CUGUUCAACCCCGCGGCGCACCUGAAAUUAUUUUGGCUUCGUCGGUAUAAAUUCAACGCUGAAGAAAUCAUCAUAGUGGCGUCCAGCCUGUUCUUAUAAACCCCAUCUGCUACGCCUGUUUCUUCUCAGCAGCUUCUUUGUUGCAGUGUCUGAGUCGCGUUGGUUGUUUCUGCUUUGCUGUGGUGCUUUUAACUGGUACUUCGCCUCCCCUCUGCUCAUUGUUCCUGUUCGCGUGCGCUGACUUCUCGCCCUCUUCAACAAAGAACUGCAUCCGAAAUGGCCUACCGCCCCGCCUUCCGCGCCUUCUCGCGAUCCCUCUCCUUCUUCCGACAACUCCCCUCCUCCUCAUACUUCUCCUACUCCACCGCCGCGGCCGCCGAACUCCCCCUCGCGGCCUCCUCCCCAAUCCAAAUCCUGCGCACAAAAGCCGAGGUCCGACACUGGCGCGCAGCGCAGACGCUGGCCGGCAACUCCGUCGGCUUCGUGCCGACAAUGGGCGCGUUGCACGAAGGCCACUUAUCGCUUGUGCGGUCGAGUCUGCGGAUGAACGACAAGACGCUCGUCUCGAUCUUUGUCAACCCGUCGCAGUUCGCGCCGACCGAGGACCUGGCGUCGUAUCCGCGGGAUUUUGACCGCGACGUCGCGCUGCUGUCGGAGCUAGAGUACACGCCUGCGGAGACGCCGAAGCGGAUAGCCGCGCCGGAGGCGAACGUGGACGAGAGCGUGCUGCGGACGACGACGAAAGUGGACGCGGUGUUUGCACCGAGCGUCGAGGAAAUGUAUCCGUCCGGGAUCCCGCUUGCCGUGUCUGAGCAAACAGGCGCGUUCGUGACGGUCGAAGGACUCUCGUCCCAACUCGAGGGCGCGAUCCGGCCGCAGUUUUUCCGCGGCGUGGCGACGGUGGUUACAAAGUUUUUGAAUAUCGUGCAGCCGGACCGCGUGUAUUUCGGGCAAAAGGACGUGCAGCAGACUGUUGUCGUCAAGCGCAUGGUCUCGGAUCUGUGCUAUGGAUGCGCGGUGGUUGUUGUGCCUACUUCGCGCGCGGACAACGGGCUCGCGCUGAGUUCGCGGAACGCGUACCUGACCGAUCAAGUUCGCGAGGACGCGGGCGCAAUUUUCAAAGGUCUGCAGCGAGCAGUCGACGUCUACCGCACCGAGACCGACGCGGGGAAGAUAAUUGCGGCGGUGGUGGAGACGGUGGCGGAGAAGAUCCCGGUGGAGGAGAUUGAGUACGUGUGCAUCAACGAUCUCGAGACGCUCGAGGAGCUCGAGCGGGUGCAUCCGCUCAAGGGGGCGAUUCUGAGUCUGGCGGUGCGCGUGCCGAAUUCGUUUGGGGGGAAGACAAGGUUGAUUGACAAUGUCAUUUUGUAAAAUUGUCUUGAAGUUGCUGCAUUUAUGGGUAUGAUACAGAAAAGGGGAACAGUCUAUAAUACAACAAUACAUAUCUAUACA